GGACUUGAGAUCCUAAGCCAUUGCCUCCCUCGAGAUCCUGAGGCGGACAACACGGUCGAGUCGGACUUAUUCGCGCUGGGUUCUACACUCUACGAACUCCUAGCUGGUCAAACCCCCUACGAAGGCCUGAGCGACGAAUCAAUCGAGUCUUUGAUUCGAAAAGGAAAGUUUCCGGACACAGACGGGCUUCUUCUUGGAGAUAUUAUUAUGGGCUGCUGGGAAAAGAAAUUUUCUUCCGCCGAAGACAUC